AGCCUCAAGAAAGAACAGAAUUCAGCAACCAAUUCCUUAACGACUUUAAGUGAGCUCCUUGGUCGAUUUGAGGACCUUUAUUCUUGUUGAGUCACAUGUCUCUGCUAAUCAAACUCUUGUGUUCACUUUUGACUAGCAUAAUAAUAUUAGAUGCAGUGAAAGUUUGCAUAGGUUGCCUGUCAUAACAGUAGCGCAAUUCAUCGACAAGGUUGUUGUAUUGAGUUGAAAGUGGUGCCCGGAACGAAAAUUCAAGUAUUCCACCGUGCAGAGCAAAGUUGUCUGUCAAAGGUUCUCAUUAUAUCAUAUCACGUACUCGAAGAAUCCCUUAUAGUCCCGUCUAUGGAAGACUUUUUUGUCAAGGCUGUUCUACAAUAGCUGAACAAGGAUUCAAUUACAUUGGCUAUCACUAAUCUUUGAAACUUUUACCACUUACGUCCCCUUGAGGCAGCUUCACUAGAUUUCAUAGUUGGCCUUGGACUCUUCUGCUUCUCAAUUGUCAAGGCCAUUUUUGAAUACAUUUCCCUCUUCAAAUUCAUCAGAAGAAUCGUUGUUUGCUGUGGCUUUCAUAUUGUGAUUCAAAACGCAUGACGGUCUCAAGAGUGUUGCUAUCUAGAAUGCAUAGGAAGGUUCGAAUAAGGCAUUGAUCGAGAGAGAAUCUUUAUUCUUCUAUAGUCUCCCUGAACCAACAUGUCAUUUUUAUUCAGUACUGCAUUUAUUUAUUUAUAGAUAAUCUUUUUUUUAU